CGCGCGCGGCCUUCAGUCCACCACGAGCCGGGCACCCGCCGACACGUCGCGCCACUCGCCGCUCCGCCACCGCGCACACUCCACGACUCUCAACACGCGAUUGUGUCCACUAGUGAGCGUGCGCCCUUUCUCUCACGCGCAGUGUUCGUGCCGCGUUCGUGAAUGCAAAACCGGACUACUCUCUUAACACUACACAGCCAGCAGUACGCAGCCGUUUGGACCAUUCAAACUUUUCGACAGGGCGAGAAAGAGCAACCACGGCAUGACUGCUACUCAAGGUGGCGGGCGUGAAGACGACCGUCCCGACAAGGACACCGUGUACUCCGUGAAGACCGGCUACAAGAACGAUGCCUACCAACACGACCUGGACCUCAACAGCGACAUCGUCAAACCGCCGCCCAUAGCCGAGGAGGAAACCUACCCCACAGGCAAAGUCAAACUACCCAGAAACGAAAAAUGGAGAAUAUUAAAAAACGUGGCGGCAGUAAGCUGCGCGUUCAUGGUUCAGUUUACGGCGUUCCAGGGCACGGCCAACCUGCAGUCGUCGAUCAACGCGCGCGACGGGCUGGGCACCGUGUCGCUCAGCUCCAUCUAUGCGGCCCUCGUGGUCUCCUGCAUCUUCGUGCCCACGUUCCUAAUCAAGAGGCUGACGGUGAAGUGGACGCUGUGUCUGUCCAUGAUGUGCUACGCGCCGUACAUCGCGGCGCAGUUCCACCCCGCGUUCUACACGCUGGUGCCGGCCGGCGUGGUGGCGGGGCUGGGUGCCGCGCCCAUGUGGGCCUCCAAGGCCACCUACCUCACGCAGGCGGGUAGCGUCUACGCCAAGCUCACGGACCAAGCGGUCGAUGGCAUCAUCGUGCGGUUCUUCGGCUUCUUCUUCCUCGCUUGGCAAACGGCUGAGCUCUGGGGAAAUCUUAUUUCUAGUUUAGUAUUCUCAUCGGGCGUGCAUGCCGGCGGCGCUGCCAAGGACAACUCCAGCAGCUCGGUGCCGGCAUGUGGCGCCAACUUCUGCAUGAUCGGCGGCGGCCAUCACGACAACCAGAACCUCCACCGGCCCCCGGAUGAGGAGAUCUACGAGAUCAGCGCCAUCUAUCUGUCGUGCGUGUUUGUGGCUGUGCUUAUGGUCGCGCUACUGGUUGACCCGCUGUCUAGGUACGGAGAGAAACAAAGACAGACAGAUCCAUCAAAGGAGCUGUCAGGUAUUCAACUGCUCUCGGCCACGGCGUAUCAGCUCAAGAAACCGAACCAACAACUCCUAAUUCCUAUCACACUGUGGAUCGGAAUGGAGCAAGCCUUCAUUGGAGCUGAUUACACGCAGGCCUACGUAUCUUGCGCGCUCGGCAUAAGAUCGAUCGGGUACGUGAUGAUCUGCUUCGGCGUGGUGAACGCGCUCUGCUCCCUUCUCUUCGGUUCGGCCAUGAAGUACAUCGGAAGGUUCCCCAUCCUGGUCAUGGGGGCGGCCCUGCACUUGGGGCUGAUCGUCUGGCUCCUCAUCUGGAGGCCCAGCGCUGAGUCGCCGACCACUUUCUUCAUCAUCUCUGGCCUGUGGGGCGUCGGUGAUGCCGUCUGGCAGACGCAGGUUAACGGGUUGUACGGGGUGCUAUUCCGUCGCAACAAGGAGGCCGCAUUCUCCAACUUCCGCCUGUGGGAGAGCGCCGGGUUUGUGGUGGCGUAUGCAUACUCCACGCACCUGUGCGCGCGUAUGAAGCUCUACGUCAUGAUGGUGGUGCUGCUCGUCGGCGUCGUCGGAUACGUCAUCGUCGAGAUACUGCACAAGAGAAAGGCUCGCCGGCUCAAGGCCAUCGCGGAGGACCCGGCGAUCGCCGCCGAGGCAGCCAAGCAGCCCCCCGAAGAAGACGACGAGAAGGAUGAGAUCGAUGACGAAAUCAUCAUCACGCAUCUGUAGAGAGCCCCGCCGCUCGCUCGGCCGCAAACAGCCUGACCUAACAAUUCAACUAUCAUUUGCCAUAAAUAUCCUGUUGGUACAAACACAGAGAUCAAACCGUCAAACAUAGGUACGGUUACAAAUUGAAUAAAUUUUAGUUAAGAUUUGCUUCGAGAAUGUUUUCGAAGCGCAUGUUAAUUAGAUGACUUGCAAGUACAAAUGUUUAGUGCCUAUGGACGGUUGGCUUCCUGCGUGUCUACCGGUAUAAGACACCGGGGCAUUGUCAUACUGCAGUGUCCGGUUCCCGCUGUUGCUAGCUGUUGAAACAAACACCCAACUACGUAGGUAUACUAUUCGCGUUCGAGUGUAUUAAAAUCUUAUUAAUAAAGCUUAAGCUUUAACUAUAUUCUUCUUCGGUUUAUGGAUGUUCUUUACCAGUAAGAUAAUGCCCUUUUGUGUAAACAUAAUAUACUUACGUAUUGUUUUAUCAAUGUUUUAUCUUGAAAAUGUUCUCAUUACAGUAUUGCAAUCUGAUCUUUUUGUGUUACAAAUUAAAUAAAAAAGAAUAUAAUUUGUACUUAUACAAAAAAAUAUUUUUAUUUGAUUAACUUAAUAGUCGUGAUGACAGGUUUUUAUUGCGAUUACAGCCUUUCAGAAUGAGGCAUAUUUUAAACGUUAACGUUCGGUGAUUUCGGAAAUCUCAAUUAUGUAUAAUUUUACAAAACAAUUCUAAUCGAUAUCGUAGUUACUUUUGUAUAGUAUUUUUUGUAGUAAAGUGAAAAAUCUAUAUUUGAGUACCGAGUAUUUUAUGCUAUCGCCGGGUUAUAUUAAUGUUAUUGUCUUUUGAUAACUUUUCAGAUACCUAACAGCCUAAAACUAAAUUUAUUUAUUAUGAUACUUGAUUUUUAGUAAAACUUCUCAGGGGCCUAAUUAUACCCGAAUAUCUGUGAAGUGAAUAAUGCGUACUUAUUUGUUUAUUUAUGUAGUCAGUAAGAUAUUGAAUCGUGCAUGCUUCUCUGCAUACCCAAUCAAGGGUCAUAGGUGUCAGUAUUUAUGGUAUGGAAACCUAUUAAAUUAAUGAAUAACAUGUCUAAACCCCACUUAUUCUCGUAGUAUUGGAGAGUAUAUUACCAGUAGGCAAAGGCAACCAUGAAGCAUAAUUAAAUUAGUAACUCCAUUCAGAUGAAUUAAUUGUCUACAAAGGUAUAAUUUUCUAUGAUUUUAUAUAAGUACAUGUACCUAUGUAUUUUGUAGUUACUGUUCACAUUCUUAUUAAAUUGAAUUAUCUAUGAAGCAGGGUCACAUGUAUAAAAUAUUUUAUCUAUUAUACUUCUCUGCUUUUGGUCAAUCUAGCCCACAUACCAUAUGACCAAGACUACGCACAAGCAAACUUCAGUAUGAAUACCAAAUUGCUUAAAGAUAGCUGGGCACGGUAGUUUUCUUUUCAUGGUCUAUUUUGUAAUGAUUUCUUAAUACCUACCAUCGCUACCAGACCAACAGCCCAGCUUAGGUACUAAUUCGAGCUAUACCUAACGCUACCUUUAGUUCUCUGUCACAUGACCUCGUUGUGGAUGGGAUCUUUCAUAGCUUUUUCCAUAGCUCGCUGAGUGACUUUCAGUUUGUGAACCAUUCCCACUGUAAGUGUCCACGUUUCAGCCCCGUAGAAUAUAGGUGCCUAUGUGAAUGCAUAUCCCUUCACAAGCGCUGUCUAGGUUAUAUGGUCUGUGAUCUAGCACUAGAAUUAUUAAAUUAAUUUUAAUGUCGUCAUAAUUUUAUAUCUCAAUACAAAGAUUUAAUCAGUAGUUCCACCAUUGUGAUACGACUUUUGAAAUGUAGAUAAUUUGUAAAAGAGGAAAUUUACUCGUGAUUGAUUUGCACACUGACAUCUGAGUACCAAAUGUACUAAUUUUUAUUUAAGUAGAUCAAAAUAAAUUAUAUAUAAUAUCACUUUAAUUAUUCCAUUUCGAUUUAAGAUACGUAUUUUUAAUUAUUAAUUCACUCUGUUCAUGGAGCCAUCAUCAAUCAGUAAUUUGCUAUUUGUUAACUAUGUUUUCUGAUACUUAUUUUGAGCAGGGUGGAUUGGGUGUUUUAGGUCUUUUAGAUGAAUAUAUAAUUUCAUUUCUUUUUCAAUAUCUGAUACUUUUACUGUACAUCCGAACGCCGUAGAAUCUCAAGGUCUGCCCAAGCUAAGUGAUAUCUUAGGUUUGGUGAAACUGUGUCAUAAAUUUUUAAUUGUAAUAUUGCGUAAAGGUGCAUUAGUGUACGUGCCUUUACGAUUGUAAUACUUUGACAAGGUACUUAGUACUAAUUGGUAAUACAAAUAGAACUACGUGAUAAUAAUCAUUAAAAAUGUUUAAUUACUAGAAUUUAUUUUAUUACGAGUUUAGUGUUGAUUUUAAGUGAUGAAUAUAUUUAGAAUUAUAAAUAGGUAAAUAAAAUUGUUCUAUUUUUAGACAUAACACAUUAUUUCUAUCAAUAAAUUUAUGUAAUAUUAUAAAUAAUUAAAUUAAGCCUUUAUCACUUAAUUGAAAUAAAUUUUAAAACUGUUUUGUCUUUGAAUGUUUAUAUUUCGAGGAUUAAAUAAAGUGAUCUGAUUCAA